AUGGGCCUCCGCCUGCUCCUGCUGCUCGCGCUGUGCGGGGCGCGCCCCGCGGCCGCGGCGCGCAGCUGCAGCCUGCGGGGAAGCUGGACGGUCCGCGGCGGGAACGGCUCGCUGGAGCUGCCCGGGGAGGUCCCCGGCUGCGUGCACACCGCCCUGCUCCGGCGGGGCCUCAUCCAGGAUCCUUAUUAUAGAUUCAAUGACCUCAAGUACAGAUGGAUCUCCUGGGAUAACUGGACCUAUAGCAAGGAGUUUAAAAUCCCCUUUAACCUUAGUGAAUGGCAAAAAGUGAUUAUGAUUUUCGAAGGAGUUGACACAGUUUCCAAAAUCCUGCUGAAUAACAUUACCAUCGGGAAAACAGACAACAUGUUUGAUAGAUACAGCUUCGACAUCACCAGGCUGCUCCGGGCUGAGAACCGGGUGGAGCUGCAGUUCCAGUCCCCUGUGCUGUACGCGGCCCAGCGAAGCGCGGCCCACACCAGCUACCAGGUGCCCCCCGCCUGUCCCCCGACUGUGCAGAAGGGCGAGUGCCACGUCAACUUUGUGCGCAAGGAGCAGUGUUCCUUCAGCUGGGACUGGGGCCCUUCCUUCCCUACCCAAGGCAUCUGGAAAGACGUCAGCAUUGAAGCCUAUAACAUUUGCCACCUGAACUACCUCACCUUUGCUCCUCUCUAUGACGACUAUGCCCAGGAGUGGAAUCUUGAGAUAGAGUCUUCUUUUGAUGUUGUUGGCCCCAAGCCAGUCGGUGGCCAAGUGACCAUAUCCCUCCCCAAACUGCAAACACAGCAGAGACACACCAUUGAGCUUCAGCCUGGGGAAAGAACGUUGCAAUUACUGGUGAAAAUUGACAAGAAUAUUAAUGUAGAAACCUGGUGGCCUCGUGGACAUGGACCGCAGACUGGGUACAACAUGCUGGUUCUUUUCGAGCUGGAUGGAGGCUUAGUUAUUCAAAAAUCAGCUAAGGUUUACUUUAGGACAGUGGAACUUGUAGAAGAGCCCAUAAAAGGAUCUCCAGGUCUGAGUUUCUACUUCAAAAUCAACGGGAGGCCCAUAUUUCUGAAAGGCUCAAACUGGAUCCCAGCUGACUCGUUCCAGGACCGAGUGAGCUCGGACUUGCUGCGGCGCCUCCUGCAGUCGGUGGUGGACGCCAACAUGAAUGCCCUCCGCGUGUGGGGGGGCGGGGUCUACGAGCAGGACGCCUUCUACGAGCUCUGCGAUGAGCUGGGGGUCAUGGUGUGGCAGGACAUGAUGUUUGCCUGCGCCCUGUACCCCACAGACCAUGGCUUCCUGGAGUCGGUGCGACGGGAAGUGGCCCACCAGGUCAGGAGACUGAAGUCUCACCCCUCCAUCAUCAUCUGGAGUGGCAAUAAUGAAAACGAAGCAGCCCUGAAGAUGAACUGGUUUAACGUGGUCGACAUGCACACCUAUGUCAGGGACUACGUGACCCUGUACGUGAAGACCAUCCGCGAGGUCAUCCUGUCAGGAGACAAGACCCGUCCUUUUGUCACCUCCAGCCCCACGAAUGGGGCCAAGUCGGUCGCCGAGGGCUGGCUCUCCACCUACCCCUAUGACACCCACUUUGGUGACACCCAUUUCUACAACUACACCAGCGACUGCUGGGACUGGCGUGUGUUCCCCAAGGCGCGCUUCGUGUCUGAGUACGGGUACCAAUCCUGGCCUUCCUUCAGCACGCUGGAGCAGGUUUCAUCCGCGGAGGACUGGUUUUACGAAAGCGAUUUUUCCACUCACCGACAGCAUCACUCUGAUGGUAACUCUGAGAUGCUGCUUCAGGCUGCACUUCAUUUCAAGCUGCCCCAGAGCACGGACCCCGUGCGCAGGCUCAAAGACACUAUCUACCUCACGCAGGUGAUGCAAGCCCAGUGCGUGAAGACGGAGACUGAGUUCUACCGCCGCAGCCGCAGCGAGGUCGUGCGUGGGGAGGGGCACACCAUGGGGGCCCUGUACUGGCAGCUGAACGACAUCUGGCCAGCGCCCUCCUGGGCCUCUCUCGAGUACGGGGGAAAGUGGAAGAUGCUGCACCACUUCGCCCAGCGCUUCUUUGCCCCGCUGCUGCCCGUGGGCUUCGAGAGAGAGGAUGUGCUGCUCAUCUACGGCGUGUCCGACCUCCCCACCGACUGCAGCGUGAAGCUCACGGUGCGGGUCUACGCGUGGCGCUCGCUGGCGCCCCUGUGCUCGCUGCAGAGCAGGUACCUGGCGCUGAGAGCUGGCGAGGCCCGGCUGCUCUUCCAGGAGCAGGUGCCCCAGCUGCUGAGCCGCUGCCAAAACUGCACCCGGCAGGCUUGUGUGGUUUCCUUCGACCUUUCAACCGACAGCAGAGUCCUGAGCCCGACCAACUACCACUUCCUGUCUUCCCCCAAGGAGGCCGUGGGGCUCCACCGGGCGAACAUCACGGCCGCCAUCUCUCAGCAAGGUGACGCCUUUGUCUUCGACCUGGAGACCUCGGCCGUGGCGCCCUUUGUCUGGCUGGACGUGGGGCGCAUCCCCGGCCGCUUCAGCGACAACGGCUUCCUCAUGACCCAGAAGACGCGGCGGGUGCUCUUCCACCCGUGGGGGCCCACCAGCAAGCGUGCCCUGGAGCAGGCUCUGCGUGUCACUUCCCUGGCUGACCUCGAGUGCCGAGACGUGGAGAACAGCAGCAGCAGUGCUUUCAGCGUCCCUCUACACCCGCGCCCCCCAAGCCUAGGAAGCCAUUUCAUCAGCUCCUCUGAAAAUGAAAACUCUGAGAGAUGGGCGACUCCCCCAUCCUGGGAUGGGCUCCCCAGUCUUCCUCGUGGGAAGACGGGGCUCAGCGGCAGCUGCUUUGGGCGCCUGAGAACGGCGUCAGAAGUCCCCUGUGCAGGCGUGGGGUCGUGAGGCCCGCCGGCCCAGGCUCCCUGUCUUUCUCCUGUGAGAUGAGGAGGCUCCCGCCGGAGACCCUGGAAAGGCCGACAGUCGCUACUUGGUGCCUCCGGGAGGAGCCGAGGACUCUGGGAGCAUGGAGCAGCAUGGAGCCGGGCAGCCCCGCGGAGGCGAGCCAGGCAAGGACGUCGCAAACCAACGCUUUCACCUUCGCUCAAAACUCUUUCCCCUGGUAACUCUCUGGUUCAUGUCUGGAUCAAAAAUUGGCCUCUCACCGGGAAGCUGAUCCUGACAGGAGGCCUCCGCCCGGAGGGUCUGCCGCCAUCAGACAAGAGGAGGUCGUCAUUGCUUUUUCUUUUAUUAUAAAAGUAAAAUAAAAAAUAGCAUUUGUAAAUUCAACAUUUUGUCCUUUAAAGAAUUUGAUCUAAAAACAUAUUUACAAUAGCAAAAUGCAGGGAAGGGGGACGGGACCAUCUUCAGCAGUGAUUGAGAGUGGGUUUAAAUACGGACGUGCAGGUCUCGCUCCAAUCAAGAGAUGAGCACAGGAGGAGCGCGGUGAGCUGCUUUAUUGUACACAGUGACCCGCCUUGGGCGCCGCCGUCCCCGUCCCCGUGGACACAGGGCCGAGCGUGGGUGCCGGACGGCGCUGGAGGGCCUGCAGGAAGCAGACGGGGAAGCAAGGGCGCCCCCAGCAGCGGAGCGGCCACGCCCGCUGGGACUGUGGGUAAGUGAGCCCCAAAGGUCUCGUGAGAAUGCAGGGAAGCAGCCCCGUCUCCGGGAGCUGGACAAGGGGGUGCUGGCUGGUCGUGCACCUCGGAGGCUCUGUCCGGUCUCCCCGCCGACCCUCAGGCGCCAGAGCUAGCAGUGGGUGGUGCUGGGACGGCCGGCAGCUAAAUCUUGCCCUCGAUGGGCGCUUCCUGCACGUAGCCGUGGGGCGCCUUGCCGAGCCCCAGCAGGGCGCCCCCGCUGGUCAGGGCCUCGGUGAAGCUGAGCCUGCGGAAGGAGGUCUCCACGCCGCUGUCACAGAUGCUGU